AUGUCAAAUACUGUCAAUCGAUAUGUUCCUUUUAAUGAAAUGGAAGGAAUUGCAUCAACAAAUGUUCCAGCAUAUUCGAAUAAAAAAACUGGCUAUUUUAGUAGCGGUCGCAAUUAUGUUUACGGAAUUUUCACUGGUUAUCAAUGGCAAUGUAUUGAAUUUGCUCGUCGAUGGUUAUUAAUGCGUAAAAGUUGUACAUUUAGAGAUAUUCCAUGUGCAUUUAACAUUUGGACGGAUGGAUCUUGUAUUGAACGAGUCACCGAUGGUCAAUGCUUUCGAUUGUUGUCUGUUCCCAACGGUUCUAAGGAGCCACCAAAAAAGCACUCAUUACUUAUCUAUCCUCGUAGUCACAAAAUGCCUUAUGGACAUGUUGCUAUAAUUACAAAUGUUACAUCAAGCUAUGUUGAGAUUGCUGAACAAAACAAUUUGUAUCAUUAUUGGCCCGGGGAUUACGCUCGUCGAGAACGCUUAAGACUUUACAAUGGAAGUUAUUUUAUUGAUGAUGAAGAUUCAAUUUAUGGUUGGAUGAAAAUUGAAAAUGAUCAUGAAUUGCAACCUUUCGACGAAUCUAACACCAUUAAUAUUCUUCCACAAUAUCUAGAAUCUCAAUCUAUGGAUUGA